AUGACCAACUUCCCUCACAUCAGCAGUAAGCUUGUGCUGAAACCAUCCCUCCUGUGUCAGGAGAACCAAAAUCACCGUCGAGUAUCAGCUUCUGAGCUCAAGACUUCAGAAGUAUCUUCCCAGCCCAGCAUUAAAACGCAAGAUCCCAAACCAGGGGAGAAACCUCCAAGGCAACACAAAUUUCCUCUGACAGCAGGAGAGGCCCUAAAGAUUUUUAAGAACAAGCUGUCUUCAUAUGAGCAAAGAGAAAUCCUGGGCUACACAGAGCUGUGGUUCCUGGGGCUCAAUGCUAAGAAGCUCAACGUGCUUCCAGAGAAAUUCGGCAAGACGAGUUGCUUUGAUGAUGAACAUGGAUCUUACAUGAAGGUCCUCCAUGACCACAUUGCCUACCGCUACGAGGUCCUGGAGAUGAUUGGAAAAGGGUCCUUUGGACAGGUGGCCAAAUGCUUGGAUCAUAAAAACAAUGAGUUGGUGGCCCUGAAAAUCAUCAGGAACAAGAAGAGAUUUCACCAUCAGGCCCUGGUAGAGCUGAAGAUCCUGGAAGCACUCAGAAGAAAGGAUAAAAACAAUACCUACAAUGUGGUGCACAUGAAGGACUUUUUCUACUUCCGCAAUCACCUCUGUAUCACCUUUGAACUCCUAGGAAUCAAUUUGUAUGAGUUAAUGAAGAAUAAUAGUUUUCAAGGCUUCAGUCUGUCCUUAGUUCGGCGCUUUACCUUCUCUGUUUUGAAGUGCUUACAAAUGCUUUAUGUAGAGAAAAUCAUUCACUGUGAUCUCAAGCCAGAGAAUAUUGUGCUAUAUCAAAAGGGUCAAGUGUCAGUUAAAGUAAUUGACUUUGGAUCAAGCUGUUAUGAACACCAGAAAGUGUACACCUACAUCCAAAGCCGAUUCUACCGAUCCCCGGAGGUGAUUCUGGGUCACCCCUAUAACAUGGCCAUUGACAUGUGGAGCCUGGGAUGCAUCAUGGCAGAGCUGUACACGGGCUACCCUCUGUUUCCAGGAGAGAAUGAAGUGGAGCAAUUGGCCUGCAUCAUGGAGGUGCUGGGUCUGCCGCCAGCCCGCUUCAUUCAGACGGCCUCCAGAAGACAGACAUUCUUCGAUUCCAAAGGUUUUCCUAAAACUAUAACCAACAACAGGGGGAAAAAAAGAUACCCGGACUCCAAGGACCUCACAAUGGUGCUGAAAACCUAUGACGCCAGCUUCCUUGACUUUCUCAAAAGGUGUUUGGUGUGGGAACCUUCCCAUCGCAUGACCCCUGACCAAGCCCUCAAGCAUGCUUGGAUUCAUGAGCCACGGAGCUUCAAACACAGGCCUAGGACCCAGGUCCUAAGAAAAUCUAGUUUCGAUGUGCCAUUGGACGGAAAGAAGAAUGAUGUUCAACACCAUCCUCACUUGGGCAAAAAAGAUGAGAUCACUAAGGAAGAAGCUACAGGAGAUGGAGCCACUGUGAAGCCAGUCCAGAAUACAGCUGCUCAACAGGAUUCUGUCAAGCGCGGGGCUGACGCUGUCCCACUGCCUCAUCUGGAAGAAGCUCCUGGGAAACCAGAGGCAGUUGUCAAAUCGGAGAAGUCCCCAACUGCUGCACAAGAGCAAAGCAAGAACUCCUCCCCUAAGAACACAGACAUUCUACCACCCAUUACAUGA